ACGUGAGGACGUAGUGACGCUGCCACUGCCGCAGCAAGCUGCUGCGGCCUCCCCGAUGGCCAUGGCCGUGGAUUUUAAAACAUAUGUUGAUCAGGCAUGUAGAGCUGCUGAAGAAUUUGUCAAUAUUUACUAUGAGACUAUGGAUAAAAGGAGACGGGCAUUAACCAGGCUGUAUCUUGACAAGGCCACUCUAAUAUGGAAUGGAAAUGUUGUUACAGGGCUGGAUGCCCUAACUAAUUUUUUUGAGAUGUUGCCUUCUAGCGAGUUCCAAGUCAAUAUGUUAGAUUGCCAACCAGUUCAUGAGCAAGCUACUCAGGCCCAGACUACAGUUCUUGUAGUGACCAGCGGAACUGUGAAGUUUGAUGGAAACAAACAACACUACUUCAACCAGAACUUCCUGCUGACGGCUCAGUCCACUCCUAACAACACUGUGUGGAAGAUUGCAAGUGAUUGCUUUCGUUUUCAAGAUUGGGCUACUAGUAGUUAAAGAGGGCAAAAGUCCAUUCUGGUUUUGAUCCAUUAGUUCCCAACAACAGUAAUGUAUGUGAAUUAAUCCAUUUUCAUGUGGAAGCACGAUUAGUAUGUGCUAAAACUAAAUUUCUUUAAUAUUUUUUUUAUUACUAGCAGCACCAUUUCCUGGUGCUGCCAGUUUGCAUUGUUGCCCUGAAAAGCUUUAACACUAGUUUUUUACAUGCCUUAUGUACAUUCCAUUAAUGACACCCUUAUGGUAGUAUUAAACACAUGAUCUCUGUGCUAGCGUAUUCACUGUGAGCCCAGUCUAUAUCGCAAAAACAAAAUAAUUUUAAUAAUACUAUGUGGGGGUAUUUAGCACAAUGUAACUCUGGGAGGAAGUGGAGUUUUUUGUUAUUAGGUUAAUUUUGUAGUAGAAUACAUCUAUUAUAAGUAAACACUGGUAAUGCAGGUUUAAUAGAAGCCUCUUUCACAUCAGUUCAAUGAAAAUGUUACUAAUUUAUGUUUGCAUAAAUAUGUCUACUCUGACAUAUUAGAAUUGCAUGUAGAGAUAUUCAGUAGUCUUUCUGUCAUGUUAAGUAAUUUUUAUGUUGGUAUUUUUUCUUAUAAAGCAAAUUAGUGAGCUAGAGAGAUGUAAAUAUCCUCUGGUGACACCUGAGUGUUUGAUACACUCAGUGGACUUUAAAAGCAAAACUUCUCAAAAAGAUUUUUCUUGGCAGCUCCAAGUUUAUAUAACUUUAGGUAAUGAGUGGUAGUAGGACUAAUAGCUUUAAUGGGAGAAUGAGGAGUGAAAAAUGUAGAGAGCCAAGGUUGGCCAAAAGCAAGGAGGAGUGGCCAAAUGGUGAAUUUUUGGUACUUGUUUUCUACCUCCUAAAAAUGUAGCCUAUUUUUAGGAUUUAGGUCACUAAGGUAAUAAGCAUCCCUGCCAAAUGGUUGUGAAUGUCUCUUAUGUUCCAUGAAUAGUUUUUUUCAAGUUUUUUCCAGUUCACCUCAUACUUAGCACCAAGAUAACUAUCUCAGUUUAUUGAAGGACUUUCUGGGGGUAAAAUGUCAGCAAUAAGACUAACCCUGCAGCAGGGUCUGACAGGAAAGUUGGAAAUAAAGCCAUUGCUAUCUCUUUGGGAUAACCCUAACUUCUAAGUCUUCCAUGCGAACUUUAGGCCAAAAGUCUUAUAGGUAUACCCACCUCCAAAGUAAGUGGUUUAUUCCCAUUGUUUUCACACUGCCUGCUGUAGUGUCUUAAUUCUCAAAAGUUACUGAAUUUUGUGAUUUAUUCUUCCAUGUGGCACUGAGCAAAGAGAUACUAAAACAUGGUCCUGUUAAGUGGUUGUCUUUUUGAAAAGAAAAUAGAACAGCACAUCUUCCUAGCACCAUAAACUUCAAAAAGACAAGUGAAUUUUAUGCCUCAACACCUAAAGAGAAAGAAUCCUAGCUCUGGAUUUUGGUUUAAACUCGAAAUGUUUUGAAUUCUUGAAUUCAUUUUUGGAAUGUUUGUACGCUAGAUGUGCCAGCUUUGUAUCUGUGCUGCAGUUCAAAGUUAAUGUUUCUUCACCGCUUUGCAAACCAGCCAUUCUUUUACUCUUGCCCAAAAACUACACAUAAAUGACCAAAAUAAAGAAUAGAAGGUGAAAUUUGACCAUACUUAUAAAACUGAUCACAAUUGACACAUUAUGUUCUACUCAAAGUAAACUUACUCUAAUUUUUGAUUGGCUUUCUAAAACCACAGCUUUUGCAGUAACAAUUAGAGUGUCCAGAUAACUGCCUUUUCCAUUAUGGAAAACAGUCUCAAGUAAAAGCUGCAUAUAACGCAAUAAUUGAAUUGAGUGGUUAUAUACUGUCAUGAACUUUAUGUUUUAAGACUUGUAUAUGAAUUGCUAUUUCCAAACUGUAUAACUUUUCAAUGGCUGGAGCUACUCUUCUAUGGACUAGACUGUAUUUUUGACAUGCACAUAUUUUUGUAACUUGAAAAAAACAAUAAAAUUUGCUG